ACAUCGCAAAAGCACAAAACCCACGGACACAAAAAACCCAACACAAACAUCCGACGGUCAUCCAAGAAAUGCAAGCUGGGCAGUGAGCGGGGGCGUGUAGCGUAUUUAUCAGUUGGCCGGAGUUGAGUGCCGCAUCGGUUGCCGCAGAUUAGCGCAGCCACAUAUCCGCCAAAUCACCACCGGAACCCGUACAAUCCCCACGGCUGUUGGUUCGCAAGCCAGUGGAAGGCGCGGGAUAACUGGAGAGCGGGGAGACGCUGAGCGACAAAACAGCGUGCCGGGGGCGGAGAAGCAAUCAAGUGGCAACAGGAGCCAGCAGCAAGAACAACAACGAUAGCCGGGCAACGACUGACUGGGUGGCAAAAGCAAAAAUGCAAAAAGUUAAUUAGUGUGAGCGAAAUCAAAUUGGACGCCCCGCCGAGGGUCUCGCCAUGGAAUUCGCCGACUUGAUAAAGACCCCCAAGCUGGAUGGGGUGCUGUUGCAUGAUCCGGGAACUGGUACAGGUUCUGGCGGGGGUGCAACAGUUGGAACGCUCUGCAUCACCGGCCACCAUCUGUUACUGAGCGCGCGGCAGGAGAAUAGCCAGGAGCUUUGGCUGCUGCACAAAAACAUCGACAGUGUGGAGAAGAAGCCCAGCCUCAGCCAAAACAUCGUUACCGGAGGAUUAAUCACCCUGAAAUGCAAGGACCUCAGGAUUAUAUCACUGGAGAUUAAGAGCGCCAAGGAAUUCUACAACGUAACCGCCUCUCUGGAAGCCCUAAGUGUCAUACAGAACACAGAGCUACUGUAUCCGUUCUUCUAUCGACCCAUGUACUCCAUCCUGGAAGAUGGCUACACUAUGUUUAGGCCCGAACUGGAGUUCGCAAAGCUUAUCAGUGGCAUGGGAAUGGGCGGUGCGUCGUCCCCCAAUGUGGCCAACAUAACAAUUUGCAUGCCUUCAACGUCGUCAACGUCCACGUUAGCUGGAAGCAUGGGAGGAGGAGGCAGUAUUCCCCAUCCCCUGCAAAAUGGCUACGCAAUGGACGCACUCCAAGGUGGCCUUGGGGGUGGAAAUGUCUCCACUGGUUGCGAGUGGCGCAUCAGCAACGUCAACAGAGACUUCAGCGUUUGUGCCACAUAUGGCGCCACGCUAAUUGUACCUAAAGCAAUUACGGACGAGCAGAUAGUGCUCUCCGCUUCGUUCAGGGACGGUGGACGGUUUCCCGUACUAAGUUACAGGCAUGAGAAUGGUGCCACGCUUAUGCGCAGCUCCCAGCCUCUGUCCAUCCAGGGCAUCAAGCGCUGCCGUGCUGACGAGGCCAUUCUCAACCUGGUUCUGGGUCGCAGCCGUAAAGGCUUCAUCGUCGACACUUGGGGCAAAGGGAAAUCCAACACUGAAACAGAUCUCCAUUAUUCUCAGUGGAAGAAGGUGAAUCGCUCCAUAGGGAAUGUCAGCUCACCUGCCUCCAUACUGGAUAGCUUUUCACGGCUGAUCGAGGCCUGCAACGACUUGGGCUGCAGCACGGACAAGUGGCUGUCGCGUCUGGAGGGCAGUGGAUGGCUAAGUCUCGUGCUGAAUUCCUUGAAUGCUUCUUGUGUGGUGGCUCAGUGCUUGGAUCAGGAAGGCAGUCCGGUUUUGGUACAUGGAGCCAAGGGAUUGGACUCCACCCUGAUUGUUACCUCGUUGGUUCAAAUCAUCCUUAAUCCAGACUGUCGCACCGUCAGAGGACUGCAAGCUUUAAUUGAACGAGAGUGGAUUCAAGCUGGUCAUCCAUUCGCCUCCCGGCACCGCUUCUCCUGCUACACCCCGCACCAGGUGCGCAACAAGAGCUCUGGCGCCACAUUCGUGCUCUUCCUGGACUGCAUCUACCAGCUGUACACGCAGUUCCCGUGCAGUUUCGAGUUCAGCACCCAGCUGCUGGUUCUGCUCUUCGAGCACAGCCACUUUUCUCAGUACGGCACCUUUUUGUGUGACUCGGAGCGGGAACGGCACGAGCUAAAGGUACAUACUAGGACGACGAGCCUCUGGUCAUAUUUGAACCGCCCCGAUGUGCUACAAACCCUGCUGAAUCCGCUGUACGAGCCCAAUGCCAAUGUGAUAUGGCCAUCGGUGGCUCCCAUUAGCUUGGAACUAUGGAGCGAUCUGUACUUGCGAUGGGUGAUCGACCAGCGGAGCUGCGCCACCGUCAUGUCUCAGAUCCAGGAGCUAGUUACUCGCGAAAAGGAACUAAGAACUCAGGCACUUAAACUGCGCAAACAGGCCUUGGAACUCAGCCAGGAGGUCUGCACACUCAUGAACAAUGCAGAAGAUGCAUAGCCGGCUACCUCAGCAGUUCUCUGUCUCUCAAUCUCCUGCAUGAUACACUUAUUUUUGAUACGUUCUGUUGCAAACAAAUGUUUAAAAUUUUUUAAGUAUAAAGUAAUACUAUAGUUAAGUCACUAAAAGUUCCAUUUACAAUUAUCAAAUGCUGAA